AGUAGUACUAUCAUUUUGCCCCCCUUGCUGAUAUUCGCUAGGAAUAUUGACCAACGUAGAAGCAACGCCAAGAUGCCAUAAGGAAUAAAAUUCUGUGGCAAAAAGGAAAACCAAACAAAAAGGAAAAAUUAAUUCUCAUAGCAAUCCUUUAUUCCCAGCUAAAUCAAGAAGUGAUCAUAUAUAUAUAUCCCUUGCUCACUAGUAGUGGUUUCAUUGUUUUAAGAACUGUGUAUUUUCCUGCAGCUAGCCAAAAAAUGAUCAUGGGAGCGGAGGGGUUUGGUACAAAAUCUACAAUUUCCAAGACUUAUGCAAAUAUGGGGUUGGAUGAAUAUGAUAGGGGAGAUAAAGGACAUCCCAAGAUUCUAUCAAUUCUAGCUUCUAUUCUUGACAGAUCGGUUCAAAAGAAUGAGAAAGCGCUAAAGGGAUCGAAAGAGAGAGGUGUUGUGACAGUUUUUCAUGGCACAAGAGCCCCUGUUUUAACAGUUCAGCAGUACAUCGAGCGCAUUUUUAAGUACUCCAACUGCAGCCCUUCGUGUUUCGUGGUUGCAUACGUAUACCUGGAGAGAUUUCUCAACCUGACUGAUUGUUUACUGACGUCUCUUAAUGUUCACCGGCUUCUGAUCACUAGCAUCGUGUUGGCUGUCAAGUUUGUAGAUGAUGACUGCUACAACAAUGCUUAUUAUGCAAAAGUAGGAGGAAUAACCACAGCAGAGCUGAACAAGAUGGAGAUGAAAUUCUUGGCAGCCCUUGAUUUCAGACUGCACGUAAGUGUUGAGAGCUUCGAUAAGUACUGCUUGCAGCUUGAGAAAGACGCCAAUGUGAAAUUACAGAUUGAUCGACCUAUCCGAAUAUUUGCAUGGGGCAAGGGUUUGAUAAAUAAAGACAUAUCAAAUUGCUCACCUACAGUUGGAGGAUACACUUGUAGAGCUUUCUAGGUGUAGGGAUCCAAUGGACAGGCCUGAAGAGGCAGAGAAAAAUCUUCUAAAUUAUGUACCUGUCUUUGCAGGACUGUGAAGGGAUUGAAUAUUAACUGCUGGUUUACGCCUUUUAA